AUGGCUAUUAGAGAUGAUGAUUGCUGUUGGAUUUGUUAUAAUGAUAAAGAUCACCCACCGAAAAGUAUUUUGAGACCCAGCAAAAAUCCUGAAGAAGAUUGGGUUAAGUGUAAAUGUUCGCUAAGAGCACACAAAGCUUGUAUUUUUUUAUAUGUCAGUAAAAAGCUGCAAGAAGGUAAUUUGAUGAAAUUCAGUAAGGUAUUAUUUCAUGAUAAUAAAAUUUCCCCCGGACUAGGCGUAAUGUCCUUUAACUUAUGGCCAUUAAGAGGCUUUAGCCAAAAAAAUAAGUACAAUGAACUAUCUACCAUGAUUAUGACAAAGUUUCAUUUAAUCAAAAGGGAUGUCAAUGGAAAAUAUUCAAAGGCCAUGCUUUUUGGGUCAAAGCAAGAGUUAUUUCUUCCAUCCAAAAAUGUUAACGUAUCAGAUUUUUUUACUGAAUGUCCACAGUGUAAAGCGCCUAUAAUAUAUGAAGUUUGUCAGAGUUCCAUAGGGCGCAUUGCUUCUUCUAUCAAUAGAACUUGCUCAAUCGCCUUGAAGUUCAUUUGGGGUAAUAUUUUGGUUAGUUCUGUAAUUAGUUCUGCAAUUUUCACUGUUUCUACAACGAUGAUUUUUUGGGGGUUUGAUAUUUUAAAUAUGAUGGCACCCAAAAGCACAUUGAUGAAAAUAAUGAAUUUGGAAAAUUAUUCUACACUUAACGAUGCGUUAAAUAACGACGCAUUAUCAUCCAGUCAUGUUUUGCUUUUCAGUAGCAUUCCACUUUUUUUAUGUUCUAUUAAUCAUCUAAUUCCCUUGAAAGAAUUUGAAUGCAGCCUACUAUCUUCAAUUCCAUUUUUACUUUUGUCAACAGUUUUCAACAACACAAACAAGAAACACCCAAGCAAUUGGUUGCGUUAUAUUACUUUUAUUACCAUGGGCUAUAGGUGCUUCUACUCGUUUGUAAUCAAUCCUAUACACCGUAAAUACUUUACCUUUCUUCAAAAUGGAACUUCUGACAACGAAUCUGAUAAUAUAGAAAAUGGCAUAUUAUUUGGCUAUAAACCAAGAAGUAUCAUGAGCAAAUUUUAUUCCUUUAUAGCCUCCAAGAUUAAUUAUAUAAAAAAUUUAAUUGACCAUGAUUACUAUUUUGAAUCUAAUGCAGACCCAUUAUGGCUAAGACUUGUGGAAACUAUAGCAUUACCUUAUUUAGGUGUUUAUUUUAAUAAAAAAUACUUAUUAAGGAGCUCAUUUAUAAAGGACUGGAUUUCUAAAAUCACACAAACUCCCGACGAUGCUUUAUUUGUUGGAAAUAUAUGUGGCUGUGUUUGUGUUUCACUAAUGAAAACCAUAUCAAGGGUAAUUUACUCCAUUAGAGAAAUGACUAUAAUGAAAAAUAACAAAAUUUAUACGGCUGGUUCGCCCUUUAUAAUGGAGUUUGAAGCUGAAUGUGUUGGUGCCAGACUUGGCUUUGUUGAAAAAUUAGAUGAGGACGACCUCGACUCAUUGUAUGUUAUAAGUUCAAUGGCACAGCAAUUUCUAUCGGAAAGAUAUUAUAAGGAAUGGAUCACCUUUGUUACUCCAACGUUUAAGCCAAUAAAGGAGUCUAAAAAAAUGCUACAAAAUUUGUUAGUAAAAUCCUAUAUCGAUCAUAAUUUAGAUUCUAUGGAUUAG